GUUCUAUCCCUGUGCACAGAUACAAGCGCGGUGCCAGCUUUCUGAGAACCAGUGAGAGAUAGGCGACCCACAGUGAAACACAAUUUUGGUAGCUUGUUGACAACACAGUUAGAAAACGGUACCCAGCAAGAUGGCUGAUCCUAAUAAUGGUGUCAUGUUGGCAUAUCAGUAUGUUAUGACCAAUGAAUAUGGACUACAGCUCAAUCAACCAGUAACACAACUGAAGAAACUUGACGAAAGGAACCAAAUCAAAAUACUCGCCAUUGGCAAGGAGAAUACGAAACCAACCAAAGCCUUCCUGUUGAUUGGCCAAACAGGAGCCGGUAAGACCAGGCUGUUGAAUGCGAUGAUUAACUACAUUAUGAAAGUCAAAUUUGAGGGUAAUUGUAGAUAUACCGUAAAGGAUGAAAUAGGCACCAUGCCGAAAACCAAGACUGAAAGCCAGACAGAGUUUGUGACUGGUUAUCUCAUCUAUCAGCAACCCGGGAUGGCAGUCGAUUGCAACUACCUAAUCAUUGACACUCCAGGGCUAGGGGACACAAGGGGGAGUGAACAGCAGCAUAGGAUAAAGAAACAAAUGGAAGUUUUCUUAACAGACGAGACAUUUGAAAUCAGUGAACUCCAUUGCCUCGGUUUUGUUGUCAAUGGAACAAUCAAUAGGUCUCAUGCUUACCUAAAGGAAAUUGUUACGGAGUUCGAGUCAUUGUUUGGAAAGGACACUAUUAAAAUCACUAAGAUUCUGGCAACACACACUGACGAUGAUACACCAGCAGUCAGCAAAGUCUUAGAUGAUAUGAAUAUCAAAGCAGAUAAACUAUAUACCUUUGAUAAUGGCGUUCUGUACUGUAGUAACCAAGGAAAAAAAGCAGACCUUAGCCAAUUGCAAUGGAACAUUCUUACUAGCAGCUAUGAAGAAUUUUUCGAAGACAUGCUGGUCGCUAAACCAUGCAGUCUGAGGCUGUGCAAAGAAGCCAUUAAAGAGAAGAUGAAUCUUGAGAGAUCAUUGCUGAUGUUGAAAAGGCACAUAGACAAUAAAGUGAAGGCCCUGUUGCAAUGUAGGAACAAGCGAAAGCUGUAUGAAGAAUACUAUACCGCCAUGAGAUGCAAUGAGGAAUUUGAAGGUGAAGAGACAAUCACUGUGAAAGAGAGAUUUCCCAUCAACGGGCGUUUCACUCACGCCCAUAACUGCCCCAUAUGUGAGCAGACAUGUGUAUACCCUUGCACUUCUUGGAGUUCUGCAUUCUGUAGGUGUCCCAGUGGAGAAGAACCUUGUGACUUUUGUCCUUGCAGCAAGAAUGGCCACGAGAAGGAAGGCGAAACAAUCGAAAGCAGACAAGAAAAAAGACAUAUCACAAACGAACAGAUGAGAGACAAAUACGAAGAGGCAAAAACAAACCUGCAGAAUAUGGAGGAACUUAUGGAAACACUACAAAAAGAAACUGACCACCACUCCAAGCAAAUGGCUAUUUACAUCAAGACAAUUGUCAGCCACAUUGAGCGAAUCAAUGAGAUUGCAAGGAACCCAAAUCGCAAGGCUACUGAAGACUAUCUUAGUGAGCUCAUUAGCAAUGUAAAAGAGACGAUGGUAAUGGGUACUUCAGAUGCAUCAGACCAACAUUACAUAACUGAGAUGUUGGAUGCACUUCCAGAGCAAAUAGACCAAAUAGUACUCGAGGUAACAAGCAAGAAGACAAGUAUAAGUGAUCGGUUCAAAGCAAUGACUUCUUAUGCUAAACAUAAUCUAAACCCAUUUGGAAGAAGUGGACAGUAAAAUGGAAAAAGAAACGGAAACGGAAAAUAGAAGCAAGAGGUUUCCACCUUUCCAUUAUUCCUUGGCCAUUUUCGUAGUUGUCGAGUUCCUAUUCUAUCUGAAAUAGGCCACAUCAGUAUUUCAGCGACGGAAAAUUGCAACAAGUACAUUGCUUUGGAUAGGAUUUUUAUAGAGAUUUCUUAUUUUUCUUUCAUUUCCUUUCUUCUCUUUUUUAUGGAGUAGAAAAACCCCGUCAGAAUACUCUAAAGGUUGGGAUCCUUCAUUAUGAAUAAUGUGUAACUCGAAAUCUGAAUAAUCUAAAGAAGUUAUAACUGUUAUAUAACUAACUGCAUUAUAUUUGAAUCGGUGUAUUAUAAUACUAGGAAUUACAUUUUGUAAAUGAUAAGAAAUAUCUAUAGAAAUAUAAUUUCUUUACUGUAUUACUUGUUCUUCUAAUCUCUCUCUCUCUAAGUCCCUCUCUAUAUCUCUAUCUCUCUCCCUCCCUCUCCCUCUCUCCCUCCCUCCCUCCUUCCUUCCUUCCUUCCUUCCUUCCUCCACUCACCCUCCCUCCCUCACCCUCCUUCCCUCUCUCUCUCUCUCUCUCCUCUCCCUCUCUUUCUCACUCUUGAUGGGGUCAUUAUCAAAGAAUAUGUAAUACGCGUAACAUAAGCUAUAUUAUUAUUAUUCAUUCUUUUUUAUAGUUCUUAUUGGUGUUGCCGUGUUAUAUUAAUCUUAUUUUGUUUCAUUUGUUAUUAUUUUAUUUGUAUCUAAUCAUUUAAAAUGUAUUUACAGUGUGAUUCAUUGCUUGUCAUGUAUACUUUGACAUUUAUUGGGUAUAUUGUGAUCAUAAACGUAUAAUAAACUUUUGUUGAAUUAA